AUGGUCGACGACCUCGUCCGCGUGACGGCUGACCUUCUGGGACGCUCUGCCCCGAAGCACCAACGGUUCAUGGACCUCCAGCAGCUCUUCACAGAGACAAGCCUGGAAGUCCAGGGCAUACACCAAGUUCGGUGGCUGUCUCGGGGUGAAGCCAUACUUCGCAUCCUUGCCGUAUGGCCUAUCAAGCGCACGACCUCACACAUGGAGAGUCGAUACGUCGACUGUGGGGACGACUUCGGCAGUGGCUCGAGCCGCUGGCUCUCUCCCUUUAUUGAGCGCUACGGUCCUGGAAAGAAGCGCGACGUGACUAUGGAGGGAGUCGACUCCGAUGGCCGACCCGAGAAAAUCACCUUCACGCUCCACGACAACCCCGUGGACGGGUAUGACGGCCCUGAGGAUCACGACGGAUGCAUUGACCUCUGCGCCGACUUUGCUGAACGCAUCGUGGCGAACCUGGAGAGGAGGCUGGGUGACCUGGACUCGCUGUCUGGUGUCAGGCUGUUCAUGCCUGAUGAGUGGCCGAAGGGCAAGCCGGAGCGACAUGCACGAUGUGUGGAGUGGUUGCUGUCGCUGGUGACGCUGUUCAAGGCUCAAGAUUCGGAGGAGAUUCUGCCAGGUAAAGUAACCAUCGUUCAUCCCGGUUGCUCUACCUCUGGUAACUGCCGUUUGCCCAUUCCCUAG